UUGUGCGUAUCCAGUGCCCGGCUUUCGUGCGGCUGCUGCGAACUAUGCAAACUUCACUGAAUGGUCAACACAGGUGGUACAAACACCGAAAGCAAUCAUGGAUGGUAGCCCAAACGUGAACAGUAUGCCUCCGAUGCCGCCGUUGAUGAUGCCGCCAGCACCUCCGUUCGGGCUUCAGCCACCACCGAUGCCACCAGGUUUCAUGCCCCGACCACCAAUGGAUGGCGGAGGGCCCAUGCUGCUACCUCCAGGCAUGCCCAUGCCACCGCACUACCCACCGGGCUACCCACUCUACCCGGCAAUGCCACCUCAGGUGCCCCCUCCACCAACAGCUGCCGCAGUCCCACCAGCAACCCUGCCUGCUCCAUCAUCACCAUCUCAGGCAACCUCUUCUCCAAAGCCUGAUGUACCUGCAGCUUCUACACCGCCAGCUACACCAGCCACGUCUUCUGAAAAUGCUGCACCAACGCCUGCUGCCCCACAAGCAUCAAAGAGCAGCAGUUGGACAGAGCACAAGGCUCCUGAUGGCCGUACUUAUUUCUACAACCACACCACCAAGCAGUCCAGUUGGGAGAAACCCGAUGAACUGAAGACACACACUGAGUUGCUGCUGUCUCAGUGCCCCUGGAAGGAGUACAAGUCAGACACGGGCCGAACAUACUUCCACAACGUCCUUACAAAGGAGUCUCGCUGGACCAUUCCUAAGGAGCUUGAAGAGCUUAAAGCCACAAUUGCUGCCCAAGGAGAAUCCAGCAAGGAGGAAGACAAUGUGGCCAACAUUCAGCUGCCAAGCAGUGCACCAGCAGACCCUGCGGGCAGUGUGGCUGUGCAGCCACAGCAACCUCAGCAGGCACCGCCGCAGGUACAGCCACCGCAGCAACCCCAACAGCCACAGCAGCUGCCACAGCAGCCGCAGCAACCGCAACAGCAGCCGCAGCAACCGCAACAGCAGCAACAGCAGCAGCAGGGAGGUGAAGAAGAAGACAAGUCGAGUGACGAGGAGGAGACGAAGGACAGGCCCAUCGAGUUUAAGGACAAGAAAGAGGCCAUUGAGGCCUUCAAGGAGCUGCUCAGGGAGAAGGAGGUGCCCAGCAAUUGCAGCUGGGAACAAGCACUUAAGCUCAUUGCCAAUGACCCCCGCUACGGGACGCUGCGCAAACUCAAUGAGAAGAAGCAGGCCUUCAACUCGUACAAGGUGCAGAGAGGCAAAGAAGAAAAGGAGGAGCAACGGUUGCGUGCCAAACAGGCCAAGGAAGACCUGGAACAGUUCCUGCAGAGUAAUGACAAGAUGAGCUCGAACACGCGAUACCGGAAAGCGGACCAGAUGUUUAGUGGCCUGGAUGUGUGGAAGGCUGUGCCUGAGCGAGAGCGCAAGGAGCUCUUUGACGAUGUCCUCUUCUUUCUUGCCAAAAAGGAAAAGGAAGAGUCCAAGAUACUGCGCAAGCGCAACAUGCAGGUGUUGAGCGACAUCCUUGACUCUAUGACGAGCAUCAUGCACAGCACCACAUGGCAGGAGGCGCAACACCUGCUGCUUGACAACCCUACCUUUGCCGAAGACGCCGAGCUGCUCAACAUGGACAAGGAGGAUGCACUGAUCAUCUUUGAGGACCACAUCCGACAGCUGGAGCAGGAAGAGGAAGAGGAGAAGGAGCGUGCGAGAAGACGGCUGAAGCGUCAGCAACGCAAAAACCGUGAGGCCUUCUUGACGCUACUGAAUGAGCUGCACGAGAAGGGAAAGUUGACGUCCAUGUCUUUAUGGGUAGAGCUCUACCCAGCCAUCCGCGCUGACGUUCGAUUCACCAAUAUGCUCGGCCAGCCGGGUUCAACUCCAUUGGAUCUGUUUAAGUUCUUUGUGGAGGACCUCAAGGACAGGUUCCAUGGUGAAAAGAAAAUAAUCAAGGAGAUUCUGCGAGAGAAGAACUUUGUGGUGGAAGUGAACACGGUGUACGAUGACUUUGUCACAGUGAUCAGUGAGGAUAAACGAUCAGCCACCUUGGAUGCCGGCAACGUAAAGCUCACAUAUAACAGCCUUUUGGAGAAGGCAGCAGCGAGGGAGAAAGAGCGGCUUAAAGAGGAGGCUCGCAAGCAACGCAAGCUUGAGAAUGCCUUCCGGGCCAUGCUGAAGGGUGCCAUGCCAUCAAUUGACAGUGGAUCCACCUGGGAUCAGGUGCGGAAACAGUUUGAGAAGGAGCCAGCCUUUAUCAAUCUGAGCUUAGAGUCGGAGCGGAUGCGGAUCUUCAAGGAGUACCAGCUCACACUGGAGGAAGCAUGCAGCCACCACCAUAGUCGGUCGAAAAAGCACAGCAAGAAGGCAAAAAAGAACAAGAAGCGUUCAAGGUCCCGUUCGGAAAGUGAUUCAGACAGCUCUUCCAGGCACAGAAGCAGUCGAAAAAAGAAACGGUCUCGCAGCGAGUCCGAUGAAUCCGACUCGGACAGUGACUAUUCAGCAAAACGUAGAAAGCGGGAUCGGAAGAAGAAGAGGCGAAGCAGCGCCUCAUCCGAUUCAGAAUCUGAGCGUCGCGAAAAAAAGAAAACGCGCAGAUCACCACAGCCACCACCACCUGCAGCCCCAGCUCAGCCUACAGCACCUGCACCAGCCGCAGCGACAGCGGGUGGCCGCAAUCGGCGCAGCGGGAGUGCACGUGAGGAAGGCGAGUUGGACCAAAAAAUCAAAUACACUUGAACAAGCAAGCAUAGACAGCAGUGGACUUCAGACAGUGAUGUCAGUGAAGAGGAACUGGAAAAGCGACGAAGACAGUUACUCAAGCAGCUGGCACAGCAUAAUUGACCAUCUAUCACAAAAUAAAGGCAUCCUUGGUGCCACAGCAGCCAGCAGGCACCUGGCUUCUGUGAGGACCAUGGCUGUUUUUCCUACA